AUGAUAUAUGGUGGAGCAUCAUUAGUGGAUACAGUAUGUCAGUUAAACAGUUGGGGGCGUUCCUCUAUGCCAAUACAUACACUUGAAGUGGGUCUCAAACAUCGCCAGCUAGAUACUGUUACAUUCUUCUUGAAGAGUAAAGAAAAAAUUUUUACAUCAACACAUUCAGCAUUUGUAAAACAUAAGGGUGGUGUGAACGCCCCUACAGGAGAGUCUUUCAUGAGUCACCUAGAUGUCGUGCAGCAGUUAGAACCGGCUGUUACUGUGAUACUCGACACUGUACGAGGCACGGUCGGGGAUAACCAUUCUCAUUCAUUUGGGAAGGAUGUUCUAGAUAGCUGCAUCGACUUCCUGUACGAACUCCUCCUUGAUAGUUUAUCUGUUUCCGUGUCAGUGACAUCAGAGAGAGAAAAUACAGACUUACAACAUGCCACAGAGAAACUAUUAGAGUACAUAGAGAGGACAAGAGAAUGUAUAAGAAUGUUUGAGGGCAGAAGUUUGAUGAGUCGCAGUGAGAGUAUGUCCCUCACCAGCGCGUCACCGGCAUCGCCAACUUCACCAACCUCACUGACCACAACAACUUCUGAUAGUCUUACACAAAAUAACCAGUCACUGUUCACACAAUGGGACCAAAUGGACAUAGAGACAGUAAUUGAGGAUGGAGUGAUGAAGAACGUACUUCCUGACUUACAACAAUAUCUCCUCCAGGAGAAAGAGUACUCAAGGGGAAGUUAUCAGCAGAUAAAGUCAACUUGUGUUUCCCUAGCAACCAAUUAUAUUAAAUAUGGCAACAUGGGCAAGGCGAAGGAGAUACUCAUGAAACUUGGCCUAAAUGUUUCAGAAGAACUGUGGAAAAUGGCUCUUUACACAUUAGACAUUAACAUUUGUAACUCUAUCACUGAAGAGCUCCUCAAAUCUUCUAAACUGAAUGAAGAACAGGUUGCUAUGGUAACAUUCUUCAAACAACUCAAUGAGAUUUAUCCCUGUAGAAAUUUUGAAGCUAUACAGAAAUCUCAUCACCAUGUUAAAGACAGUGAUAGUCAUGAAGUUGUUCGUUUAAAGAGCCUGAUUAAUCAGACAAGUACAUAUGACCUGACAGAAUCGUGUGGAAACUUGACAUCACAUGUACGUGACGAUUUGAGUGAUGAGAACUAUAACGAGGUGAUGUUAGCCUGGGUGAAACAUUGGUCACCAUCCACCAGAGAUCUCGUACUGCUAGAUGUCCUUCUUCAUCAACCAGGUUCAAACAUAGAGAGAUUUAGUAAAGAGGUGAUAUGGGAUUAUUUCCUAUCAAGAAAUAGGGAUGAUGUGUUAGUUGCCUGGAUACAUAAAAGUUUCUCUGAAGACAAACAUCUUAGUACUGGUCACAAGGAGGAUAAAUGGCCCGUAUCACACUUGCCGAAAUUAACAGCGGACUUUGUCAACAAAACAGACAAGUGUACUGGAAGAGUAAGGGAGAUAAUUCUUACAGCAUUUGCUAGGUACGGGUUGUUUACCCAGGAGGCUUCGUCCAGCUUCCAGGUACUGUUGAAACGGUUGAAUGGGAUAGGCGGACCAUUACAGUUACUCCACCCACUUGAGACAUGUGGUGCCAAUGCUCUUCAACAGUUCCAUGCUGACAUUAUACAAUAUUGUAUACAACAUAAUCUGCAGUACUUUCUCUGGCUAUAUGUACAUUUUCACCGUUUGGAUGUGGAAUGGUUGACACAUGUAUGUGAUAGCUACACCAACAAUUGGCUGACAUUAUUUCUCAAAUUUAUUUCUAUCACCAAAUCAGACCUGUUUGGGCAGUGUAUGUUUGAGGGCAGUUUAACCAAUUCUGUUGCUGUAUGGGGUGAGGAGAGUGGUAGUGUGGGGCAACUUCUACAGUCCGGCCACACCCUGGCAGCACUGGCAAUACUUAUGUACUCUCAUCAUAAGCUACAACAGGUAACAUUUGUGACACAACAGCUUGAAGCGUUUGAUGGUUUAUCAUCAGAAAUUGUAGAGAGUGCUCUACAAAGUUACCCUAAACUACAGGUGACACUGUUUCCUGCCAGUGUUACAGAUCUACCUCAUACAGAUGUUUCUGUGUAUCAAUUGCUGGUCGGAAAUGCACCUUUUGAUCCAGCUAAAUUAUUCGGGUGGCAGACCACUAAUACCUUAGCUGGAGAAGAUUCGGUGCUGGAGAUGCCAUAUUUCUCACACCCAGAGCUCGUCAAACGGUACGGCUAUAGUGAACAUUUGAAAUACAUCUACUAUCUGAAACAAGCUAGACCUAGCUUUGCUUUUAUUACCUUCCUGGCUGAAGAGUUCAAACAUGGAGGCUCAAAUUUACCAGCAAAAAGACUCGCUGUAUCUAUAGGAACAUCACUGUGGAUUGGUGUAAAACAUUUCCACAACUCUCAGAUAUCAUCAUCUUGUGUGAUGUUUCAGGAGUUAUUGGGACAUGAUAGUAUCAUGUUGAGGCUAUAUAUAGAUGUAGGGUGUAAGAUUCUAGCUUACAGGAACCAGGCGGUUACUGGUACCAUGGAUAAAAGACGGGAACAAGUCAGGAGAAAUGAACAAGAUGUUGUGGAGAUGUUGUUAGACUGUAUACAGAUGGGUCGCCAGUUUUCAUCAACAGUCCUGGAAGCCUUAGAAGCUGCCACUCUAGCUGCUAUAACACGAGAGAAACUUAAACUGUAUUCGUAUGAAGCAAGCAAGUUUUGGACUCUGGUGGUACUAUUUUGUCACUUACACCAGCUUCCGUACACAACAGUAUUCCUGGAGUCGUGUGCCGAGGCCAAGCAAUGGUUACCAUUUGUAUGGUUCGCACAGAUAUAUCAGUACCCUAAAGAGCAGUUACAAAAUUUGCUACACAAAUUUGAAUCCAGUAAUCUGCAGGAACAUUUACGUUACAUCCUGGUUAAUGCGGAAGUUAGAACAACGCAGGCAGAAGUAAAGAAAGUACAGGCUAAACAUCGGUCAGAGAGAGUCGCUAAAGAUAUGAGGUCAAAUCUGUACUCUAGAAUUGGACUAGUUAAAGGUGCUGAUUCAGAUAUGUCUAGUACAUCUGAUGAUGAACAUGAUGAUGGGAAGAUGACAGGCAAAAAUGAUGACAUACAAGACGAGAAUAUAGAGGUGAAUGUAAACAGUGCCCCAGCUGAUGUAUUUGGUGUAGUGUUUGCUGCUCAAGCCACCAAACAGCCUGCCAAGUCCUUGCUACUUUAUGCUGUCACACUGAGGAACACUUUGUUUGCUGAACUAGCCGCAAGUUUAGAGGGUGCUUCAGUGUUGGUAUGUCUGUGUAGUUGGUUGGUAGCCAUGAUGGAUGUCACUGAGCAUGCUCAGUUCCUGGAGAAUUAUGGGAAAUCACCAUGGAGAUACACUAUACAUACACUAGACGCCAUAUUGGAUCUUUACAUUAGUAAAAAAUGGGGAUCUCUACUUGUCACAGGAUUUGAUAUAUUUCAACAGAGUUCACCACUCCUACCAUUCCUGCAGUUUUAUACAGAAUUUAGUGAGAAACAAAAUUACUGUAACUGUCGUCUGCUGCUAGAAGAGUUUAAAGAAUCUGUGUUUCAGUUUAAUCAUGAGAAGAGUGUACGAGUGUUAGAAUGUAUUGGAGACAGUGAUUGGUUAGAGAAGACAACUUAUCGUAUCAUACAGUACAUGUUGACAUCAACACCAAGUGUACAUAAAGUCACACAGUUACUGAAGAUUCUGGAUAGUGAGAGUAUCACUUUAGUGUUUAAACAAGUUGAUCCGGACUUUCGUCGUCAGAGUCAGUUACUACAGUGUAUAGAGGACACAGAGAUAGAACAAGUUAAUUUUACAUCCCUUCUUGUACCGUCAACUACGGAACAAUUUGAGAAAGAAUGUUUAGUUAUCAUAGAUCAGUUGAUUAACAAACAGAAGUUUCACGAGGGCAGAAAGUUUGCUAAAAUUGCCGGGAUAGGCUGUGACCAUGUCACAAUACAACAGGUAAAACAAGAGAAGGAUAGACUAUGUAGCACUGAUCUAUGGCAGUCUAGACAAGCCAGGUUCAAGUUUUAUAAGGACUGUACCAUCAAGUUUAAAAAACACAAGAUACUUCCAGAAACAGUUGCUGAAUUCUUCAAGACUGAGGUUGAGAAGAUAGAAUCAGCGUCAGAGAAGGCGAGUGUAUAUGAUUUAUGUCUACAGUGUAUGGAACAGCUCGGGAACACGUGCGAUACAGAAAGUUGGUCACAAAUCUAUCGUAUGAUUUGGUUAAAUAGGAUACAGGACAAACUUAGUAGCACCACAGUCACUACUAUGAUAGACAGUAAACCUGACUUGUUUUCGGAGGGGAACGUCAAUGAUAAAGAAUCUACUGGUGUGAAGACGGACCUUAUGUUCUGUGGGAAAAUGCCUUCAUCUUCAGAUGUGCCAGAUAAUUUAUCAACACAGGAAGUGAAAGCAAUACAAGAACUUGCCGGAGAACUGUUUCAUGCUGGGAAAGUAGCAGAAAGUUGUAGAUUACUGACAGAAUUCAAUGUUUAUCUACAAGACCUUGCCAUAGUUCUGACAUGUAUAAGACUGAGUGUUGGGAGUUUAUCACUUGAUACAAUGUCACCUGAAAUACUACACCUGCUGAGGUCACGACCCGGGGACAUUCACAGACAGUCAAUAGCUGCACCUGUUGCUCUUCUUAGAAACUCCAGCACUAUCAGUUUGAUGAGUAAUAUACAGCCUGUGAUAGAUUCUGUUUCCAUGGAGAAUGAAGCUAAAAUAUCCGCCAUGGAAUGUCUGCUUAAUCAUCUACAAAAUGGCCGACCAACAUGUAUACGUAUCAUCACCGCCUUUAAAAUAGCUGCUGUUCUUUACAUCGGCUAUGAUGAUGUAAUAAGUAGUGAAGAUUUUUUCAUCCUUAAGUCUCUACUAAAAACUAACUGUUCAGCUAAAUUCAGAUUGUCAGCUGAUUUCCUGGCAACAAGUAGUUUAUCAGCCCAGCAGGUUGCUGGGUUUCUAUCUGAUGCCAUUCUCCAGUCAUAUAAAGUAAGUAUUGGAGACACAGAAGGCAAUCAGGAGUUAUUUUUUGAUCCCAGUGAAAACUUUGCUGACUUUCAUCAGAUUGUGCGUCUGUGUCAGGAACCGUCGUUGCUUGGUAACAGAUUGUUAGACAGUGUUGCCUCGUUGUCAGGAAAUCUAGAACAACUAAAUGAUAAAGUGUUGACAUUACAAACAGAGCUGUUGAUACUGGCUCAUGAGUGUUAUACAGCAUCUUGUGACAUGGAGGGUAUAUCUAACAUUCUACGUGCUGCAAGAAUAUUGACAUUACAUCUACAGGCAGCUGGGGAACAUCAACUUAUGACACGUUUAUUGACUGGUGUAGGAAGAUAUAACGAGAUGACAUAUAUAUUUGACGCCUUACAACAAAACCAUCAAUUUGAAUUGCUGCUUGGUAAAGGCAAGGAAAAGGAAACAAAAUUGAAGACGGCCAUUUUAGAUUACUUGAAGAGAUAUCACCCCAGCGAUACAGACACCUACACUAUGGUAGCCUUGAAGUUCAUGAUGUAUCGUGAAAUUGCCCAGCUCCUCGAAGAUAAUGCCAACAAAGCUCUUGAUAAAUUAAAAGGCAAACCAUUAGAAAAUACAAAUGAAUGUCAGGGGACAUUACAGAAAAUUGCGCAAUAUCUGUCGGAGGCGGCAGAGAGUUACAUCAAGGACAGCUGUGUACGUCAUGCUCAAGAUUGUGUUCGUAAAGCUCGCCUCGUGGCCCUUCAGAUGAAAUAUCUCCAAUCAAAUCAACAAUUUAUCAAUCUAACUACAAAGGGGGCAAGUCUUCUGAUAGCUGAUCAUCCUGUAUUUACUGAGGCUUACAUUAUAAGUGAAGCAUACAAGCAGAAAGGCAACUGGCCGCAAGCUUUGUGUAACAAUGUGAUCAAACUUGGCAAUAUGAAAUACCUACAGGACUUUAGAUCUCAUAUUAGAAUUACACCUUCACUUGUAGAGGAUGCAGUAGACAGAUACCAACAGUGUGCUGAUAAAACAGCACAACAAGCCCCUGCCAACAUAAAGAAAUUACUACAGUUUUGUAAAGAUAUAAAAGUGAAGUACCGUAUAGCAAAACAGUUGUCCCUCCGUGAUGUGGUUCUUACCCUAGAGAAAGGCGACGCCAAAAAUUAUAUUCUAGACUUUACAUCAGGACAGUGAUGUGCUUGUAUGUAAUUCAACUGAUGAUUCUAUAGUUAAUCUAGUUACUAAUCACAAGACAUUUUGACACCAUGUGACCAAUUUGAAUAUAUUUCAUUAUUUAUAUGCAAAUGCAUUCACAUGUCCUGUAUUUUUGUAGUUCUGAGGUUUAGUGGUCCAAUGUGAAACUAACAACCAAAAUAAAGUUUACAUGUAAAGAUUCCAAAUAAAGCAGUUCAUCAAACUUGAUAAGCCAUCUACUGCAAAAGCAGUAUUAUUGGUUUGGCAGUAAAUUUCAUUGUUUUCGUAUACAGGUCAAUCUAUAAAAUCAUGAUCAUAUGAAAUUUCAUUUUGUCUGAUGUAACAUUAUUUUGCAUUACAUGUAACUUUUUUUUGGUGUAAAAUUAAAAUCUUAAGAACCUGCGAAAAUAUCCUGUGAUAAAAUCACUAAAUUUCAUGCCCACGAAAUUAAGUGAAAUUACAGUAACUUGUUCAUUUACAUUCCUGAUGAAAGCUGUCCUAUAGAUAUCUCUUUUAUAGCUCUUCAUUAUCACACAAGCCAACUAGCUGCAUUUCACAACAAAAUGGUUUUGUCUGUUCUAAAUAUGUUAUUAAAUUUCAUGUCAUGGUUAAAAUGAUAUUAAACUUACAAGUUUUUGAAGUUGCUUGAAUCACUAUAUUGUAUAUUAAAGUGCAAUAUUUAUUGAGAAUUUCUAUUCUUUUGUUAUAUUUUCUACUUAUAUCAUUGUUGACAUUGUAUUUAUUGCCAAAAAAAAAAAUACAAAUAAAUAUAAUUUGAUAUAUAGAAUGGUU